UGAUAAUCUAAUCAACAAACUUCAUUUGGUUGAGACUCCAAACUUAACACUUGAUCAUUAGCCUAAUUAUCUCUGAGAGCAUAAUCGAUCAAACCAUGGGUGAUCAGAAAAGCAAGGUGUUAAUCAUCGGAGGGACUGGACACAUCGGAAAAUUCAUAGUAGAAGCAAGUGCCAAACUGGGUCACCCCACUUUUGCAUUAGUCAGAGAAACCACGGUUUCAUCAAACCCUGAAAGGUCCAAAAUCAUCCACAGUUUCAAGAGCUAUGGAGUAAACUUGAUCUACGGAGAUGUUCAUAAUCAUGAAGAUUUGGUGAAGGCUAUCAAGCAAGUGGAUGUUGUAAUCUCUACCGUUGGAGUGGAGCUAAUGGCUGAACAGCACAAGAUUAUUUCUGCCAUUAAAGAAGCUGGAAAUGUCAAGAGAUUCCUUCCAUCGGAAUUUGGAGGAGACGUUGAUCUGAGCCAAGUAGUCGAACCAGCUAAAGACUAUGUGGAGCUCAAGCGCAAAAUUCGAAGAGCAGUGGAGGCGGAGGGGAUUCCAUAUACCUUCAUCGUCUCCAAUGGCUUUGCUGAAUAUUUCUUGGCAGGCUUAGGACAGUUAAAUGCCAAAGUUCCUCCAAGAGACAAAGUGGUCAUUCUGGGAGAUGGAAAUACCAGAGUAAUUCUCCUGGCAGAAGAAGACAUAGCAACUUAUACAAUAAAAACAGUGGAUGAUCCAAGAACCAUGAACAAGACUUUGUAUAUGAGGCCUCCGGCCAAUGUUUUAACAUUCAAUGAGAUAGUUGCUUUAUGGGAGAAGAAGAUUGGCAAGACUCUUGAUAAGAUCUAUAUUACAGAAGAAGAAUUGCUUAAGAACAUCCAAGAAGCUCCUUCUCCACUUAAUUUCAUUUUGGCUAUCAACCACAAUGCAUUUGUGAAGGGAAAUUUUGAUGUUGUGGUUCCUUUAGGAGUAGAGGCUUGUCAGCUUUAUCCUGAGGUGAAAUACACUACAGUAGAUAAAUACCUUGAUCAGUUUGUUUAAUUGCAAUCCUUAGCUGUUGAUUUGAACAAAUCAUCAACGACGGCUGUGCAAUCAGUCGGUUCAGUUUCUAAUUAAACCGAAUCGAGCUGAUAAAAAUCGGUUCGAUUCGAUUCGAUUUGGUUUAAAUCGAAAUCUGCUGGGUUGGGCUUGGGGCCGAAAAGGAUGGAGGGGUUGGGGUGCUGGGUUAGGUACAAGAGGCCAGUGGGAGAGUAUGGGCUCGGGCCUAGCCACUAAAUCGGUUUUUCAGUUUGAUCGGUUAUUUAACAUGUUUAAACCGAAUCGAACCGAAAACCGAAAAAUUUUAAAUACAUUAAUCGAAUCAAAACCAAUUAUUCCAAAAAACCGAAUCAAAAAAUCAAAAUCAACUGAUUCAAUUCGAUUUUUCAAUUUAAACCGAAAUAUACUCUCCCCUAUCAUCAACCAUAGCCUUCAACUUCUAUUCCAUAUAAAAUAGUUAAAUUUUCAUUAUUAUUUAGUUAAAGUUGAUUUGUGAUAUUUAUAAAUUUAAUGUUGAAAAAUUAUUUUCCUUUUCAUUCAGGUGUAAUAAACAACAUCAAUAAUAUUAUAAUUUGAAAAUUUUAACUAAAAAAAAUCAGAAUGAAACACAAGGAAACCUUUAAAAUAAAAAUUGAAAAUCUGGAAUACUAUUGAAUUGAUUAUGUGAGUGUGCAACAAAAUUUAUGAGGAUAAAAAUGGUAGACAAAGAAUAUGUGUAUUUACUAUUUAGACAUGGACUUGGUCUAGGUUUGGACAAGAAUAUGUUUGUCAAAUGAAAUGGAUUUAGAUCAAAAUUGAAUUUAAAUUCAGAUAU